GAAACUGCCUGAAACGCGGCAUAUACCUUCCUGUGCCUGUUUAGUUAUGUAUAGCUGAGUGGAUUCUUAAUGGUCUACAUGUCUCCGCUCUCCACAUAUCCAUGCUCGCCCUUUGCCGCUCGGAUAUUUACACUCCUUGUAAUCGUAAUUACUCUCUAUUAUAUCGCACAACACCUCCACGAAUCUUUACAAAGCCGUCCUAACUUAUUCGAAAAUAGUAACUAAUCAAACAUCUCAACCCUUCUCUCACAAAACAACCUCCA